AUGGAAGAAUCACAACGAGGAAAUGACAAAGGAAAGAGCAAAGUUAGUGGGGGUUAUAAAUUGUGGACGUUGGAAGAGAGCAAUGAGUUGCUACAACUCAUGGUUGAUGCCGCCAAUCGUGGAUGGCGUGAUAGUAAUGGAAUGCUAAGUAAGCAAACAGUUGAGAAAAAGAUACUUCCUGCUCUUAAUGCAAAACUUGGAUGUGAAAGGAAUCAUUCACAAUACUUAAGCCGAUUGAAAUGGUUUAAGCAACAAUAUAAUAUUUUUUCUGAGCUUAUGCGUCAUAGCUCUGGGUUUGGGUGGGAUCCAAUCACAAAGAAGUUCACUGCUAGUGAUGAAGUGUGGAAAGAUUAUAUUAAGUCCCACCCGGCCCAUGUCAACUUUCAGACAGACACUUUUGCUGACUAUGAACUUCUGAGAAUUGCAAUUGGGAAUGGAACUGCCAUUGGAAGAAACUCAAUUGCAUUGGGAGAUGAUACGGAUGCAAGAAUAUUAGGAGUGGAAGAAAGUAGACGUGUGGGGAUAGAUGACUUGAGUUAUGACUAUGAUAAUCAUGCAUUCAUACCAAAUGAAGUUGAAGCUGCAACAUUCCAAGAUCUAUCACCCAAACAACCUAAUUCAUAUAUUCCCACUCAAGGCACGAAUGUGGAGCUUCCCUUGGAAAGCAAUGGUCAGAAAAAAAGAAAUAGAACUGAGUAUGAGGGGAACACUAGCUCUUUUGAGACCAACACUUGA